CAAACAUACAAAACCCGAACCAAUGCCACGUUUCUGAUGAGAUAGAUGACAGGACAAGGUGAACUCUCAUAUGAACAUGUCUCUCAUUCGAUCAUAACAUUCUGAAAACAAAUGGCCCCAGACCACUCACACCGAACUUCCCAAGAUUUCUCUGACCUUAACCAAGCCCCUAUAUAUAUACAUACAUAACUUCAUCCUCAGCCAUACCAAGCAUUAAACUCCUCAGGUUAUCCCAAGCACCUCUUUCUUUCUUCCGAUCCCAAGAUUCUCAGGAUAUCCAUAUUCAUCCCCUUUAAUAUCUUCUAACAUGGCCAUUCGUCGAUUGGGUGUCGCUCACGUACUUCGCCGGUCACUCUCAAUCGGUAGAGAAGGAAUGUCUUCAAAAACUCCGAAGGGCCAUCUUGUGGUUUAUGUUGGAGAAGCGGAGAAGAAGAGAUACAUGGUGCCGAUAUCGUACCUUAACCAGCCUCUAUUUCUGGACUUACUGAAUAAAGCAGAGGAGGAAUUCGGGUACGAUCAUCCCAUGGGCGGUCUCACGAUUCCCUGCAGAGAAGAAACAUUCAUUGAUCUCAUUUCUCAGUUGAGUGAAUUGUAAGAGAAUAGCAUAGAAUGGAAAACAAUUUUGUAUACUGAGAUCCCGAAAAAUACAUGGACAGUUCAUUUGUUUUACAGCAGUUUGGUGAAGUGAAAGUAAUCUUGCUUCUAGCAGCUAA